AUGAAGUUUGGUAAAACAUUAUUAGGUCACCAAAUACCGGAGUGGUCCAUAUAUUAUAUGAAUUAUAAACACUUGAAGAAAAUAAUCAAAAGCAUUGAUGAAGCCUCAGAUUUUGAAGAUGAUAAAAUUGCAGACUUGAUCUCAAACACACUUUCUGAAUUCUUCUUCGAGUUAGAUCGUGAUAUCGAAAAAGUUGACGAGUUUUACAACAACAAAUAUAAAGAAUACGAACGUCGUUUAUCGAAAAUUGUAUCUGUAUUAGGAUUUAGUGAUAAUAAGAUUACUCGUCAGAUUGAAUCCAACGAUGAUUUGGAUGAAAUUAUUUCUAUAUUGCUCGAGUUAAGGACUAUUUACCGUAAUUUGAAGUGGUUCGGUGAAUUGAACCACAAGGGGUUUGUUAAGAUUUUGAAAAAAUUAGAUAAGAAAUUAUUGUAUUUGCAGAAGUCGUACAAUAAUCGCUUGGCAGUUGGGGAAACCCCGAUUCAAUUGCCAAACUAUAAUAAAGAGACCUAUUUAUCCACCAGAGUUAAUGCUUUGCCAUUUGUGAAUAAAGGUGAGUUAUUAGGAGGGUUAGAUACGAUUAACAAUAUCUUAAAUGAACUAGGGGAAAUUCAAAUUAGUAACGAUAGCUUGACUGAUCAGCUAGAUUUUUUGAAAAUCGGAAACAGGCGUUAUUCCCUUGACCAAGAAUUUUUGAAGCAAUUUGAUAAAGUGAUUGAAAAUGAUGAUUCCUCAAACAUUCAUACUGAAUUGAGUAAAAUCACUCCAAAUAAGUUAAACCUGAGAUUUUUAAUUUCGUUAUUAAGUAAAGCAUGUUUGAGUAAUUCGCUCAAUUGUAUUGACUACUUAUUUAAUUACUUGAUUAAAUUUAACCAAAAUCAAAACCUACCUACUAUCAAUUCAUUAUUUGAUCAGUAUGAUAUUAGUGGCCGUAAUUUUUUUCAUCAAUUCAUUGUUAGUUUGGGCAAAUCUCAAGUUGCAAAUGAAAAGAAAAGAAACCUGCUUCUUCCUGGCGAGUCGUCUAAAAUAACUAGGCUUUAUGGUAACAAAGGUGGCCCCGAUGGUAUUCAACUUAAUCCUAUUAGAACUGAUGGUAUUCAGUAUAUAAUGAAUAAAAUUGACUCUGAGGAUUUCGAAUUCAAAAAGUUGAUUAUUGCCAGAGAUAACUACUCAAGAACUCCUUUGCAUUAUGCUGCUCAGUACGGUUUAAAGGAUAUCUCUCAACUUUUGUUGGAUUAUUUAAAAAAGUGGAGCUUGAUCGAUAAGAAUGUCCCUAUUGAUGAUGUGCAUUAUUGGGGAGAUCAAGAGGGACUAACACCCAUUCAUUUAUCAAUUAUAGGUAAGCAUCCUAAAACAACUGAUAAUUUGAUUAUUUACAGUGCUAUUCAAGGAUUGACUUGCCCUAAUUUAUUAUUGCUAGCUGUGAGAUUGAAUUGCCUUGAAAUCUCACAAAACUUAAUCAGAAAGAGCAAAAUUAGUGUUGACUAUACUGAUUCACAACAUAAUAAUGAAACAGCCUUGUACAUUGCUGCAAAAUUGAAUUAUGCAAAUAUUGUUGAAUUUUUAUUACAAGAGGAUGCAGAUACAGAAAUAUGCGAGGCACUUUUUGGUUGGACACCGAUUUUCAUUGCAGCAUCGGAGGGGUUUAAAGAUAUUGUUAACCUUUUGAUAGAUUAUGGAUGUAAAAUAGAUACUGUUGAUUAUUCAGGUUGGUUCCCAAUGGAACAUGCAAGCUUAAGAGGCCAUUUAGGGGUUGCGGAUUUAUUGAAACCAGAAAAUGAACAGUUAUUACUACAUGAUAUCUAUAAUCCUUCGAAUAAUUUAGAGAGAUUUUCUAACGCCUCGUUGAAAAGUCCCUCCACUAUAUAUUCAAACAAUUCAAAGGAUGAAUUGGCACUUUCAGCUAGUAGCAUUGAUAAGUUACCAGAGCCAAAUAAAGCUGCAGUAAAUGAAGUUUAUAAGCAAUUGAAGCAACUAGAUUCAAACGGGCCUACUAAUGGAACAGUAAGUCCCAGAUCGAGGUCACCAACAAACAGAAAAAAAUUUAAACCAAUUAAGUCUUUUGGCCAUCGUUAUUUAAAUCCUGAUGAAUCAUUACUCUUGAUUACUUUGGGUACAACUGAUUUAAGAGACAAUGAUCCACCUAUUGAGCUAAAUAAUAUUUCUAUGGCCAAGAGCUUUUUCACAGAAUUAGACACAGCAUUAUCAUUAUGCAUUACUUGUCGUAACAGAAAUGAUUCUCUGAACGAAUUAAUUGAGCCUCCAAUGAUUAUUGAUUUACCAUUGGAAGACCACCAUGGAAGUGCGACAGAUCCUUUGACUUUUAAGUUGACUGAUAACUUAAAUCCAAAUGAUGUCAUAGUUACAUUUGAUAUUAUCCCAACUUAUCAAUAUCCAAAUAGUAGAGAGUUAAGUGGAAUUACUCCAAACAAGAAACAUCAAAAAGUUUUAGGUAGAGCUAUGGCCUUUUUGAAUGAUGUAUACACAAAUGUUGGGCCGAAUCUAAGAUCUUUGAACAAUAAAGUAUCUGUGCCGAUUUUCGAAUCUAACACUUUGGAUUUGCUAGGUAAAAUUAGAUUUGAAUACUUGUGUGUCAAGCCAUUUUCUCACCCUUCAAUGAACAUUACUAGAAGUGAUACCUACUGGAAGCAGUUGGUCUCCACAAGAGUUAUUGGCCAUAGAGGUUUAGGAAAAAAUGUUAGUAAUAGAAAUUCAUUGCAAUUGGGUGAAAAUACAGUAGAGUCUUUUAUUGCGGCAGCCUCGUUAGGUGCGUCAUAUGUUGAAUUUGACGUGCAAUUGACAAAGGAUUUUACAGCCGUUAUUUAUCAUGACUUUACAGUAGCUGAAUCAGGGGUUGAUAUUCCGAUGCAUGCCUUAACCGCUGAACAGUUUUUGAGUUUGAGUGAAGUUGAAGAUCACCAUAUUAAGAAUGAAAAAAAUAAGAAAUCUGUGAAGUUUGACUCUAAACAAACCCAAUACUCAUUGGAUGAUGAAAUUUUGGGAAAAAUAAACCGUCCAAGAUCAAUGUCAACAUACCCAUCAGCCCCCAACUUCAAUAGAAUAUCCCAUGAUGAUUCAGAUGAGUUCGAUGAUGAGAUAGAUAAAGAGUUCAAAGAUCAAAUAAGUAGAAGAAUGAAAUUAACUAAAACGUGGAAGGAUAAAGGGUUUAAGGGAAAUGCUCGUGGAUUAUCAAUUGCUUCGAAUUUUGUUACAUUAAAGGAACUAUUUAAGAAACUACCUAAGAAUGUGGGGUUCAAUAUUGAAUUAAAAUAUCCUAUGUUAGAUGAGGCUGAAAGUGAAAGUAUGGGAGAGAUUGCUUUUGAUAUGAAUUUUUAUGUUGAUACUAUUUUGAAAGUUGUUUUUGAUGAGAAUACAAACAAUAGAGAUAUAUUAUUUUCUUCCUUUCAUCCAGAUAUUUGCUUACUAUUAUCGUUAAAACAACCUACCAUGCCAAUUUUAUAUUUGACAGAGGCAGGUACACAACCAAUGGCGGAUAUUAGGGCCUCAUCCUUACAAAAUGCUAUCAGAUUCGCUAAAAAAUGGAAUUUAUUAGGGAUAGUUAGUGCUGCAAAAACUUUAGUCAAGACUCCAAGAUUGGCUCAAGUUGUCAAAUCUUCAGGCUUAGUCUGUGUUACCUAUGGGAUUGAAAACAAUUCACCAGAAUAUGCUAAAAUACAGAUGAAAGCUGGGGUUGAUGCAGUUAUUGCCGAUAGUGUUUUAGCUGUCAGGGAAGGUCUAAGAAAGGAUCAAGAAAAUUUGAAAGAGGUAGUAGAAGAAUCACCGGAAAGUACUUAG